UAUCCUCUGUGGGAGUCCGGGAGAUGUGAAUGACUCUGGUCUCCUCAGCCAGAUACCAGAGGAGGGUACAAAGGCCCCAUUGAGCUGCUCUGGGAUAGCCAGGUACUGUGGAGUGGUCUUAUUAUGGGAGAGGAACAGGAGACAGGUGGGAAGUUAACUGCUGGGCUGGGAUCUUGGACUGAAUCUCUCCUGCUUCCGUUUUCCCAGCAGCAAACUGCUAAAAUUUGUCUUAACCCAGCAUUACUGUGGGGGUCAAACUAGAUAAUGGAUGAAAGCCUUUGUCAACCAGGUAUUCUGCACAGAUGUGAGGGUAGAUGUGGUGUCAUGUGGCAGCCCAGUCAGUGGGCUCAUCUCCCUCAAAAUCUUGUUCACACACUCUCUUCUGGGCAAAGCCUUCCUUGGUCAAAUUGAUUUCUGUUCUGGACCCUCUGACCCAUUUCCCCUUUACACAUGGGCCUCCCCUCUCUGAGGUCAGGGACUAGAUCAUAUUUCUGAGACCAACCUACAACACAGCCACAGGCACAAUAAAUGAAGAUGAGAGAAGGGGCAGAUUCCACUCAUCCUGUCCUGUCCACCUGCAUCCAUCCCCUGCACUGACAGUUCCCCGAGUGCUCUCAAAAGAACUGGGGCUCCAAGUGAUGCUGUCACUUGCCAAGGUCACUCAGCUAAUAAAUGGCUGAGAUAGGAUUUGAACUCAAGUCUGAGUGUGCAGCCCUGCUCGGUUUCACUCCACCACACUGGCUGCUAGGUCACUAGACAAGAUCAUUCCUACAAAUAGGGUCUGGUGGGCACCACCGUGGGAAUGGAGUGGUUCCAACUGAGGCGGUGCAGUGGAGCAGUGAAGAACAUGGACUCCUGAUUCAAAUCACAGCUCUGUCACUGACUUAGCUAUGAGAUAAUCUCUAAACCUCAGUUACCCCAUCGUGGGAGUAAUAAUAGCCACAUCAUAGGAUGAUUGGGAGGAAAAUCUGAGAGAUGGAAGUGCAAGUGUGCUAUAAAUUUUGAAGAGUGAGAUAAAUCAGAAGGUAUGGAUUCCAAUGACAAUGAUUAUUGUAUGACAGUACGAUUGUCAUCGUGGGCAGAGCUGCUCUGCGACAGCACCCGCUGGCCUGAGACCCCAUUCGAUUCUCAGUGCUGAGAUGAUGUGACCCUUCCCUAGGGGACAGUGUAUGUCCUGUGGAUGUCCACACUGAGCAGUGACACAAACCCUAAGCACAUUUCUGCUGGGGCUCAGCUCACUGGAGCCUGAAGGUUUGGGCUGAUGCCUGGUUCUCUUGAAGCAAAGUGAGAAGCUCCUUGAAUCUCCAAAAGGAGAGAAGACUCUUCACCUCCCUGGUUCAAGGACACCCUAGUGCAGGGGGUGAGGAGACUGGGCUUUACAUCUGGUGUCUGCCCGUACCCCAGGCUCCUCUCUGGAUCCUUCCUUCCCUCCCACCACCCACUCCUGCAGUGGGGACAGGGGUACCUGGGAGCACAGGCUGUGGUGGCUUCAGUAGGUCAGCCACUGGUCCGUCUCCUAUACGACCUGUGAAGGCGCCGGCCCCCACCUCAUAUCUUACCCACACAUACACAGUGGGCAGGGGUGCCAUGGGGAAGAGCCCAGAGUCCAGAGUUAGAAGACCUGGGUAAGAGUCCUGGUUCUGCCAGUUACAGUGAACUUGGAAAAAAAAUCACUGAACCUCUCUAAUCCAGUUUCCUCAUUUCAGAAUGGGAACUGGGCCAAAGCAUUCAUCACAGUCCUCCCAAGGAGCUCAAACCUGAGGCCCUGACACUGAGAAUAUCGAGCCAUAGGGCCCCGUCACGGCUCCCAGGAUGCAGCCAGAGUGCCCGGGAAGGGAGCAGUGAGCCAUUUUAGCUUUAGAAUCUGAGUCUCUCCCGCCUGAUCCUCACCCCUCUUUGCAGCCCAACACUCAGGGGCAGGGGAGGAAACAUAUGUCGCCAGGCCCUCCUGCAAUUAUUUAAAGGUCCUUCAAAGAGGAGGCUGAAACCUGCCCUUGAUGAAUCAGUGAAUAGUUAAGAGAUUCUUCUGGAAGGUAUUGCUUGAAACCAGGUAGCUCUUUUUCUUUUUUAUUUGUUUUUUAGCAUAGUUAAUUUAUACUCAUUAUUUGAAUAAAGAGUAUUCUUUUAAACUAAAACUUGUAACCAGAGACCAGAGGGAGGGGUUUUUGUAGAAGGGCCAUUUGGCCCUGAACUCACACCCACAAACAACCUCAAAGAUGAACUUUGAACUGUUAUUUCCAAAUGAGGUUAGUGGAUGACCCCAGAGCUACUCCAGCAGGACCAGGGAGAUGAUAUUUCCCAUAAAGCUUUAAGCUCCUGUCUUACUUCCUUAUUACAUAGAAGAGAUCAUGGUUUCUUCUGAUAAGCUAUAAUAUUUUUGUGUAUUUUAAAGCCAUUACUUUGUUAAAUAAAAUAUUUUGUUUAAAAUAUCACAAUUUUUAUAACCCUAUAUUGGGAUAAAAGAUGUGUUAUAUGCCUCUGGGAGUGGCCCAGGCCUGUUUCUACCUGAAGAGGCUCUGGCUGUAACUUGGAUUGAGGGUCAGACUCUCAGUUGUCUGUACCUACGGAGCACCUGGCCAGCUGGCCCACCAGCUCACAACCUGAACUAUGCCCAUUUACAGGGGAGACAGGGCAGAGGACACAAAUUCUGGGUUCACAGGUGCAUCACUAAGGCAAGGGUAACAGCCCCGAUCCUGGAAUGGCCCCAGGGAUCUGGGACUGGGUGAAGUCUCCUCUUCUGUGUAUUUUGCCUUCUCAGUCCACUGCUUGCAUCCCCCAGUUGCGACUUCAUGUUAUUCCAGAAUGAGCUCCUUCCUGGACCCCUUUUACUUCUGGACCCUGCUCUAUAAUGGGCCUGAGAGCUGCAAGUGGGGAUGGAAUGUGCUGGGCUGGCAGCAAGUGGAGGCCCUGCAUGGAGGGAGACACUAGCCUCAGGUGGCUAGGAAUGGAUGCCAACCCAGCCAAUGGGGUCCUUCAGCCUCUGCCCACUGUGGGCCACCAGGAGGGAGGGAGAGACACCAAAGACUGGAAGCUAAGACGGCCUGAGUUUCAGAAUAGGUCACAAGCAGAAUGCAGAAUUGGGGAAGCUGCCCUUCUACUGACCUUGGGGACAGCUGUUACAGUGGGAGACAGGUCCCAGGCCUCAGGCCAGGCUUGUCAGGCUAGACAUAAGGGAUGCUGUGGCCUCUCCCCACCCCACCCCCCAACCACCUUCCUCACAAUGGGGUUCAUUGCUGAGGUGGGAGGGGCAUCCUAAGGAGGGUGCAGCAGGGGGCCUGCCUGCCAGACACCCUUGGGGAGCCUGUCCUUUCAAGCAUGAACCAUACCGUCUGGGCUCCCCUACUCCCAGUGUGCUCUUAGCUCUGCCUGCCUGGUGUGGGGUCCUGGAGACUUUCUUGGAACUCAUCCAGCAACCAUCAUGCAGGGUGGUGCUGGGGACUGCCCUCGUACUCGGAGGUGGAGGCCUCAUGUUGUGGAUGCAGAGGAAGAAGAGAAGGAAGACAGCUCCUGAGUCUGCAGAAGACGAGCAGGAGUCACCAGAAUGCCACAAGGUGAAAAACGAGAACUGGAUCAAAUCGCACUUUAGCCGUCUCUCCGAAGAGAAGCUGGCCGCCGGCAGCAACACCACAACAGCCGGCAGCCUCACAGGCAGCAACACGGCCACGUCCAGCAACACGGCCACGGCAAGCAGCAGUGCCGCCGCUCCCCAGCCUGUCAGUGGCAAUGGAGAGGCCAGCACCACGAUUCGCGUGGAGACCUUCACCACCAGGCAAGGAGAAGAGAGCACGGCUCUUCACCGGGAGUCCUUCACCAGCAAGCAGAGGAUGUCUGGAACCUCAGUGAUCAAAGAGACCCACAAGGAGUCUGGAAAAUCCUCGUCCACCGAUGAGGCCACGUGGGCCGCUGUGGCUGCCUGUACCAAGGAGAUUGACACCAAGGGGCAGCAGCUGGCUAACUCCAUGUUGCAGCGGGCCACGGCUUGCCAGAACUCAGGCCACCUGGAGUCCAAGGACAUCAACCAGGAGGAGCUGAAGGCUCUCGAGGAGGUGGAGAUAAAGUUGAAAGGGAAUUUCCUCAACCAGCGGGAAACCACCGUAGCUGGCUCCAACCACACACACACCUUCCAUGGCCAUUGUCACCAUGGCCACCAGGGCUAUCCAAGCCACCCGAGCCAUCAGUGCCACAGCCUGCCCACCCGCAGCCAUCAGACCUAUCACCCCUUUAAAGCCACCUAACCGUGGAUGGAGAUGCCCCUUACCCCAGCAGGGCUGGCACACAAUCUCCGGCUUGUUUUCUCUCUGGUGGGGCAACCUAUGUGGCCCAGAGUAAGAUGCUGCCACCCAAAUCCCUUCUUCCUCAGGCCCCUCCGACUUUGAGUGGAGUCUACCACUGAUGGCCGCUGAUGGAGAAAGAGCUGGGAGGAACUGAAACAGCUGAGACAGACUCACAGGCCCCUGAAGACCCACUGAGAGAAGACAGACAAGGCAGAUCCCAGGAGCCGCUGAGAGCACCAUGUUGAUGCCAAAUGCCUGGAAAUGAGCCAAUAAAGCCUUGCAUUCCCUCACUCUGAGUCUGGGGGCUCUGUGGCCAGCCCCAGGUCUGGGCAGGCCUGUGGGGAGAGGGUUCCUCAUCCCACAGUCCUCUCCGUGAGGGCUGAUUCGAGACUCGGUAAAUCGGCUGCCCAGGUCUCCAGCCCUGGGCAUGGGCUGUCUCCAGCGGGCUCAGCCCCUACAGACUUGCUAUUGCCAGGGAGGGAAGAAGCAGCCAGGGGUUGGGAGGAGCAGGGAGAGAUCGGCUUUCAGAAGCAAGGAAGUGAGCAGGGGUGGGAUGUAGGCCCACUGUCCUCUUGGUGCCACCCCCAUCCUGUGUACUGCUUCUCAGAUCGUGUGGACCCAUAUCGCGCUCUCUCUCACUGCCCCGCCUGCUUCCUUAGGCCCACUGGGAUCUGUGCUAGUGCCUCCCCACCACCUACCUUCAGAGCUAAUGUGUGCGAUACCUUCUCUUCUGGUUUAUGUUACCGUUGCUGUUGCUGGGGCUGGGGCUGGGGCUGGGGCUGCAGUACUACUAAAUAGUAGCAUUAGUACUGCCCCUGCUUUUUUUUUUUUGAGUUUUUUAGUAUAUGCCAUGCUCAGUGUUGUGUUACGGCACAGCCCCGUGUGGAAGGCAUUACGUUAUCUCAAUUUUGCAGAUGAAACUCAGAGAUGAACUUUGCCUGAGAUGAAAUAGUAAGUGAUGUUGCUGGGAUCAGAGCCCCAUUCCCCUAAGCCUUGCCCUGUGCUGCCCCCCAGGCCAACGCCCAGCAUCCCCAGAUGGGUCUACCUCUCUAAUACUUAUCCCUGUCCUCUUCCCACGUGUCCUGACACUCUCUGCGCCCUCCUGCAAGCCUGGGACUCUCCCUGCCUCCUUUCCGGGGUCCCAAGAAGCCACUUCUGGAGCAAGAGGUGGCCCCCAGUUAGGCAGUCAAAGGGGGGCAGCUGGAUCCCCCCGAAACUUGAGAGAAGUCAGUUAUAUGGCGCUGUCUAAACCCCAGUGUCUCCUUUACAUAGAAAUUUCCUACCUAUUAUGGAUUUACCAGUGGUUUCCAAACUAUGGGCCUCAAACUCCAGGAAGAAGGUGCCCAGAAUCAUUGUAAAGGAUAGGGGGGAGGGUAUAUAGCUCAAGUGGUAGAUCACAUGCUUAGCAUGUAUGAUGUCCUGGGUUCAAUCCCCAAUACUCCAUUUAAAAAUAAUAACAUUAAUUAAAUAAAUAAACCUAAUUACCUCUCCCCCCUAAAAAAUUAAAAAUAAAGAAUCAUUGUAAAUGAUGGAUAAAUCUAUAAAUAUCCUAAAUGUUGUCAAUUGAUUUUAUGGAGCAUAGUUGGGAGUAUUUGAAUAUUUAUGACAUUACUAGUAAGUGACUUUAUCUAAAUGCUGAUCCAUAUAUGUGUGUAUAUUUAAAGUGCUCCAUAAUAAAAAUCUUAUUUGGAAAAAAAUGAUCAAUCAUACUGGAAAAUGUUGGAAGCUGUCAUAUUAGACAAAAAGCAAGAGCAGUGAGGUUUGGCUUCUGAAAUUACGAUUUAAAACGCGUAAGAUGCAUGCAUUUAUCUGGAAAGCCUUGAAUCCCUUAUU